CCACAUGGCUACCGUAUCUUCAACAUUUUAUUCGCAAGCAAAUAUGGUACAACUAAGCUAAUCUUUUUUAUUUUCUAUCAAGGUUUGAUUGCAAGCAACAAACCCUAGGACAAACAGUAGUAUAUUUUUUUUCAUUGAGGUCGCUGGAUCGAGAUACCGUGCGUCUGGCAUGGCAAUCCUUGCAGAGUAUUAUCCUUAUUUCAUGGACGAGCAUCCCAGAAAGCGCCGUAGAAUGACAAGUUCGCGGGACAUCGGUUACUAUGAUGAUAGGGCCCAGCAAUCAGUUUAUUUUAGUCAAGAUGUUGGAAAUGGAUUUGGGAAUGGAAUUGGAAGUGGGCACCAUGGGGCUCCCUCAUAUUACCACCAUAAUUGUUCUUCAUCAUCUUUGUAUUCAAAACGAGUAACUGCCCGCAAUGCUUCCCCUCCAUGGCGUGAAGAUGACAAAGAUGGCCAUUACAUGUUUGCUCUGGGAGAAAAUUUAACGCCUCGCUACAAAAUUGUCAGAAAAAUAGGGGAAGGAACCUUUGGCCAGGUUUUGGAAUGUUGGGACAGAGAAGGAAGGGAAUAUGUUGCUAUAAAAAUUGUUCGUGGCAUAGAAAAGUACCGUGAAGCAGCAAAGGUUGAAAUUAGUGUGCUUCGCGAAGUUGCCAAAUAUGAUCGAAAUGGCACAAGGUGUGUUAAGAUGCGGAACUGGUUUGACUAUCGCAAUCACACCUGCAUUGUUUUUGAGAUGCUUGGGCCCAGUUUAUAUGAUUGUCUGAGAAAAAAUAAUUAUUCUCCAUUUCCCAUUGAUGUUGUUAGGGAGCUUGGCAGACAGCUUUUGGAGUCUGUGGCAUAUAUGCAUAGAUUGAAUCUCAUUCACACUGAUUUAAAGCCAGAAAACAUACUAUUUGUUUCUUCUGAGUAUGAGAAGUUUCCAAACUAUAAGAAUGGUUCAAAAAGGUCAUUUAAUUCUCUAGAUGGAACAAGUUACAUGAAGUUACCAAAGAAAACUGCCAUAAAACUUAUUGAUUUUGGAAGUGCCACUUUUGAAGAUCAGGAUCAUAGCUCUAUAAUAUCUACAAGGCAUUAUAGGGCACCUGAAGUCAUUUUAGGCCUUGGGUGGAGCUAUCCUGCAGAUAUAUGGAGCGUUGGUUGCAUACUUGUAGAGCUAUGCUCGGGAGAAACUCUGUUUCAGACGCAUGAUAAUCUUGAACAUCUUGCCAUGAUGGAAAGGGUACUAGGGCCUAUGCCCCAACAUAUAAUUCGCAGAGCAGAAAUGAGAUCUGCAAAAUAUUUUAGACAUGGAACAAGAUUAAAUUUUCCUCAAGGAGCAUCUUCAAAAGAGAGCAUUAGAGCUGUCAAAAAGUUACCUCGGGUUAGGAAUCUUGUAAUGGAACAUGCUGAUCACUCUGCUGGUUUGCUCAUAGACUUGCUAGAAGGACUUCUUAAAUUUGAUCCAUUACAGCGCCUGAAAGCUGAAGAAGCUCUCAAUCAUCCAUUCUUUGCACAAGAAUAUAGGAGAUUUUGAUUGUCGUUCAACUCACAAUGCAACCACCAUUAACUUGUUAUGUAUCAUAUCCAUCGGGAGUCAUCAAUACAUUGGCUGAGCUGGUUCACUUGUAUUUGUAUAGAACGAUUUUGCAUGAGAAAGGAACCGAGAAAGGGAGUUGGCUUUUAACCAGACUGAUACUUCAGCUUGCAAUUUUUUUAAUUUUUUUUUUAAUCAGGUUGCCAUAGCGCAAUUUGUAGGCUUAACUUGCCAUCUAGUAUAGAACUUCACAAGUUACAUAUUUUUAUAGAUUUUUCAAAUAAAAUAUUUUUUAAAAA